GCACGGAAAGCUUCCCUGUUAAGGACUUGUCUCUUCCUGAGAUUUCCUAGUAUCCUUAAAGGAUCAAGAUUGAGUCUGGGCACACGGUGUGUGCUAAGAAGAGAAUAAUUUAUUGACUUUUGAAGCCUCAUAGAUGGUGAAUCAUAGAGGCACUGAUUUUAGGCCUUGAUAAAUACUAGCUGCGAGUUGGUUCAGUUCUCAGUGAAUAGCCAUGGGCCCAAAGAAAAAUCCCAAGUAUGAAGUCUUCUUUGCUAAGCUGUAAACACCGAUUUCUACUAACUUUGUCGUGCAUAGCACCCUCGAUGCUGUGAAUCACAGGGUUUCAAGAAAUCAGUGGAUCAAAGCCUGGGGGAAAUGUCUCUAUUAGGUUUGAGAAACAACUAGGUCCAGAUGAUGAAGAGAUGUAUGAUACAACUGCACAAUCGAAAUUUGUCCUGAAGAACCUCAGACACUACACAGUGCAUCCAAACAUGGCCAAAUACUAUGAGCCUUUGAAGCCCACUAAACUGCAGAGAUUCCUGACUCAAAAGAAGAACAUGAAUAGUUUCAUGUUAAAGGUGACAGAGUAUGAUCAGGAUAUGACGUUACUGCUCAUGACUAACAACCCACCGCCCUGCUCCAUCAGUCAGGAAAAGGAUGGUGCUACAAUAUACUUCCCCCCGGAGUUUCAGUUAAAGGAAACUCUCUAUCGGUGCAAACCCAACAAGAAUGACUUCCUUCCCACAAUGUCUCAGAAAAAGAAGUUAAAACCAGAGCUGAAGCCAGUCUUCCCUAUGAAACGGCUAGAUGAUCCUACCUUCAAGGAACAACAGUGGUUUAGGUUUUCUACCGACAGUGAUUUCAACAUCGAAGGGAAGUAUUCUGAAAUCUAUGCUUUAAGGAAACAGAAAAAAAAGUAUCCUAACCUCAUCUUUGCUCCAGCCUGCCAAAGAGAGACAAAGAAACAUGUUUCCAUUAAGUCAGAGAGUGAAACACCAACUUCGCAAGUGCUUUGGGAACCCCUGACAUUUUCAAAGCUCCUAGAAGAGAAGCCUACAAGAAGUGUGCCAGGGGAGAGCUUCUUUCGCCAUGGAAGGGCCCAGCAGUGGGUUGUCAAAGAUGCGGCUGUCAUUUGGUGAAGACAAAUCCUUAAAGCCCCACUCCUCACUCUCCAAGAACUGAGGGGGCCCGGAGAAGUCACUAACCAAAUAAAGUUCCCUGUUUGUUGUCUCA